AUUUAUUGCUAAAAGUAAAGUCAGCUACAUGUCAAGUACAAUCAUAGCUAUGGUUGAUAGCAAAUUGUUUCUAUAAUAAUAUUUAAGGCAGAAUUAACAGACAAUCAAAACUGGGCGUAAGAGCUGGGACGUUUGUGAACGGGGCUACGGGUUAUACAUUAACCUCGGCAAAGCAUCGGUGAUGAGAGGGGAGCGGUGGUGGCGCUGUUUAUCGACUGGCGCUAUUACGCAUGCGCAGACGGAUCCUUGGCUUGGCUUGAUCUGGCCAAUGCUGUUGCUGUAAGCUGUAGUGUAGUCUGUCCGAGGUCCGAGCCAGUGACAGCGAGACCAGCAGCUGAGAACUGAGAAAACCACCCUCAUAAUACAUGACAGAUUGAAGAUGGUUGGAGAGAGGAUGGCCUUUGAACAACAGACCAGAAGAUUGCCAGCCAGACCAGUUUGCCAAGUGCAGUCACACGUUACAUAAUUUUCAACAUGUGGCACAUGCAAGUUGUGCCCUAAUGUGCUAUUAUAGACAAUACAAUUGCGAUAAGUUACAGUUAAUUUUGUUUAUUUUCGGUGAUCUUUGUUGUAAACAUGUGCGAUAUCCAGAAAAAGUUCCUUUGUCCAAGGCUUGUUGACUAUUUGGCAAUCGUUGGAGCACGCUCACCUUCAUCUCAAUCGGCUAACAGUGCCUCCACUGCCAGACAGGUAUUAUUGCCAGAACUAUUAAGACGUUACCCAGCCGAAGAUCAUAAAGACUUUCCUCUUCCACUUGAUAUGGUAUACUUCUGUCAACCAGAAGGAUGCAUCUCUGUUGGUCCCAGACGAACCGCUCUCAGGGAGGCGACAUCGUUUGUUUUCACCUUGACUGAAAAGGAUUCUGGAAAAAGUCGCUAUGGAAUUUGUGUCAACUUCUACCGGCCAUUGGAGAGGCCUGGCGCCGCAAGUGCUCACUCGGCAAGGGACAGGCGUGACAGGCAUUUCCGCAGAGAAUCCUGGAGAAAGAGCAUGGAGAAAAGCUCGGACUCUGCCUUCUCCAGUGACUACCGGAGUACGGUGGCGCCGAGUGACUCUGACCGCGACUGUCCGAGUCGCCGGGAUUCGGAGAGCUCGCAUCGCGCGCCUGCGCACAACACCCGCCUCGCCCCCCACCCCACCACGCUCCCCACCAACGACUCGGAGAGUGGCGGCUCGCACUCCCCUUCGCCGCGUGCCAGUCGCAAGAGACAGAGGGUGCGGAAUCAUUCACUAACCUCAUUGUGCCUACUAACUCACCAUCCUUUCUUCUCGAUUUUUAGAGAAUGCCUAUUUAUAUUGAAGCGAUUAAUAGAUGCUUGUAAUGAAAACUCUUCGCCGCGGAGAGUUGGGGCUUCCAGACAAAUAAACAGUGUAUGGAAUGUUCUUACUGGUAGAAUAUUUGAAGGCACGCCUUCAAUCGUGAUCCAUGAUGUUCGAGAAAUAGAGACGUGGAUUCUGCGCCUGCUCAGCGCACCUGUCCCUGUGCCUGGAAAAACUAGAGUUGAAGUGGAAGUGCUGUCGAAAGGCAUUCAUCCGCUGUUGACAUUCGCCCUCCCUGAUCACACGCGCUUCACGUUGGUCGACUUCCCACUCCACCUGCCUCUCGAGUUGUUGGGUGUCGAUACUUGUCUCAGGGUCCUCACACUGAUUAUACUCGAAAAUAAGGUUUUACUGCAAUCGAAAGACUACAACGCCCUUUCAAUGUCGGUGAUGGCUUUUGUAACUUUGAUCUAUCCCCUGGAAUACAUGUUUCCAGUCAUCCCUCUACUGCCCACCUGUAUGAGCUGUGCAGAACAGCUGCUGUUGGCGCCUACACCAUUUGUCAUUGGUAUUCCUGCAAGUUUCUUGUCUCUGAAGAAAAAUUUCAGGUUACCAGAUGAUAUAUGGCUGGUUGACUUGGACUCUAAUAGGAUAACUCCCCCUACUGGAUUCCAAGAAGAUUUGCCGCCUCUUCCUGAACCAGAAGGAACAGUCUUGAAAAAUGUCCUCAGACAGGCGAUGCAGCAAGGUAGUCAGGCCUUGAACAGUCUGUCAGCUCCUAGUCAGCCGAUGGGUGGACAGCAAUCUUCCGGAACGGUGACAACUACUCCGAGAGAGCUUGGCUCCAAAUUGAGGAGAGAAAGUGUUUACCCAUCGCCGCCAUACCAGCAAACUAAUUUAGGUUACGGAUCACCCUGCUUGCAACGGUCAGCCGAAGAUGCGGCCAGUCAAUACCCCCCACACCCGCAGAACUUCCCCCCUCCACAGCACCUGCAAUCCUACCAGCCUCAGUCGAGUUCGUCGCCCGCCUUCAAUCCGUUCAUUUACGGCAACGACGUCGACUCUGUUGAUAUUGCCACUCGGGUUGCAAUGGUGAGGUUUUUCAACUCGAAUAAUCUUUUGGCCAACUUCACUGAGCACACACGUACUUUGAGAUUAUAUCCACGACCUGUUGUCGCUCUUCAAAUCAACAGCUUCCUCAGGUCACGACCCAGAGCUUCAGCUUUCCUCAACAAAUUCGCCAGGACACAGGCGGUAGAAUUUCUAGCUGAAUGGUCGCUGACUCCAAGUAAUGAGGCAUUCCUUAGAGUUCACAACGGCGUUUACGACCCCCAGCAGAUUGGCGACAAGGCCAAGUGGUUCUCUCAUACUUUGGAGCCUAUCAAUUUCUCUGUUUGGGAUGAUACUUCGUCCUUGGCUGGCGCUCUCAAACAUUUGCCUCAACAGGAACAGCCUACAGACGAAAGUGGUUCUGAUUCAGAAGGAGCUGACAGUACAAGUUCGUCCUAUUCAUCUCUCAGUGAUUUCGUGUCUGAAAUGCCUUCGUCGGACUUAUCUCCAAAUUUUUCGACGCCUGAUACGGGACCUGUGGGUUUGAAUACUACCGUAGAUGUUCACGGGGUGUACCACCCUCCGCUAUCAUUACAAGUGCCUGGUGACAAGGAGCUCAGCCCUGUCAGUCCCCCCCACUCCCCGGUCUCAUCCUCGUCCAGUGAUAGUGACAGUCCACAGGAACUCAGACCCGAAGCCAUGGAGAAGGAUGAGAGCUGUAGUUUAGGUGAGUCGGACUCGAAUUCGACGCCUCGCACCGUAAUCAGUAACAAGUCGGCUGGCCAGACUCCCAGUCUAGGCAGUGACACCUCCCUCGACCGCCCCUCCACUCCACGCCGGCUAGUGCCCGUGAGCCCGGGUCCACAGCGACAACCGAGCAUUGGACAGGUGUUGGCGAGAACGGGCAGCUGCUCCAGUAGCUCGCCUCCUGCAGGCAUCACGCGUCAGUCCAGUCAGAGCUCGCUGCUCGAGCAGUUCGCCAGCCAGGCCAAGGAGCUCGUCAGAGAGACCACUCGCCAAAGCAGCCAGGAGGGCCUGCUGGCUCAUGUCGACAAGUUGACAAUUCAUGCGAAGAAGGCAGCUGGAGAGGCGAGUAAGACAGCGUUGGAGGCCAGCAAGACAGCGGCCGGUGUCAGCAAAAACACGUUCGAAGACCUCACCUAUGUGGGCAAGAGUGCCAUCGGAGACUUCACCAAAGGAGCGAAGGAAGUGGCAUCAAAGAAAGGACUUCUCAAGGCUCUAGGAGAGUCAAGAUCUGAUAAUCAGCCUCAGCCCCAAGCCCAGCCUCAGCCACCAGCGCCAGUGCAAGCACCCGCCACCUCCAUAGUGCAGUCUGACAUCAGUCGAACCACCGGCAGAGACUUCUUCUCCAAUCUCGGCGACUUCAAUGUUAACGGCCUAGCUGCUCAGUUCACUGAUUUCUUUGAAGAUAAAGGUAACAAAAAUAGUCGCAGUGUUAAUCAAAAUUCGGGACCUGCAAGACCAAAGGAGAAAGCUCAGCCAUUCGGACCUUUCCCAAAAGGUCGAAAAGGCCCUGUGGAGCGGUCUCAGCUAAUAAGGCAUACAACGACGGGCAGAGGUCGCACGGAUGAAGCUCAACGACAACAAACCCAGGAGCGGUCCACCAGCAACUCGGAAAACCAAGCUUUCCUCAAUGAUGUUGUGAAUCAAGUACUAGCAGGAGAAGGAGUUGGCUGGUUGAAACUCAAUCGGCUCAAGAAGUUGAUGGAAGAUGAAAGUUAUCGAAAUUUUGUACUGAGCAAAAUAAAUAAAACACUUGAGAGAAAAAUCAGCCCUGCGGACCAUUUAGAAGAUGUGUGUGUUUCGAGAGCAGUGUGGAAGGGCAUGUUGAAAUUACUACAAGCUGUUGUUUAUGGCCUAGAACAAACCUAUGCUAAUUACGGCCUUGGUGGAAUGGCUAGUGUCUUCCAGCUACUAGAAAUAGCUCAUACUCACUACUGGACUAAGGACCUUGCUGACACUGGAUUCGAUAGCAUGAUGCUGUCUCAGGCAUCUAGCCCAUUUGGAAGCACUGAAAACGUUCGCUCUCCUCAGAGUCCCAGCAGCUCUCCGAUCCCUUCCAAUUACAUUGAUACAUCUAGAAAAUCAUCACAAGCGAGUAAUUAUGGUGAUAGUGCCGGCCCCCCUCCAUCAGUGCGCCUACAACCCGAGGAGGAAGCAGCGCCGUCCAGUGGCUCUACAUCGGAAAUGCUGCGCGAGAUUUUCAUUCAGAAAAAGCAGAUGAUGUUCCUUUCAAAGCUCACUUCAAUUGAUACUGAGGGUGGGUGCAGGGAGGGUGGGGUGCAUGGGUCCCCAGACGCCGGCUCGUCAGAGGCUGGCUCCAUCGUCACCAAUCCGCACUUCUCGCUGCAGCGCAACCACAAGAACAACGCCUCCUUCCGAUCAACCGUCUCCGACAGUGAAAUUGAACAGGGAAACUUUCCACGUCAACCGAAGCAACGCAAUCCAAGUGUAUGGUCGAGUAAAUCUUCGCUGAGUGCCGGAUUCCGUUAUCAUGGAGGAAACAUCCAUAACACGUCCACUACUCCCAGUCCCGAUUCUGGCAGAACCUACAUUUUCGAAGGCCUUAUAGGAAAAGAGAGGUCAACUUUGUGGGACCAAAUGCAGUUCUGGGAGGAUGCGUUCUUGGAUGCCGUCAGCCAAGAAAGAGAUAUGGUUGGCAUGGAUCAGGGUGCAACAGAAAUGAUGGAAAGAUACAAGUGCCUAAGUGAAAGCGAGCGCAAGCGACUCGAGCACGACGAAGACAGACUGCUCUCAACGGUGCUCUACAACCUGACAGCCAUCAUGCUCAUGGUCAAUGUCAACAAAACCGAAUUGAAGAGAAAGAUUCGCAGGCUGCUCGGAAAAAGUCAUAUUGGUUUGGUCUACAGUCAGGAAGUGAAUGUUCUCCUUGACCAGAUCAACAAUCUACAUGGGAAUGACAUCGACUUGAAGCCUGUGGUAUCACGACAGUCGCACAGGAAAAGCUUCAAUGUGCAUUCGGGUGUCGACUCUUCCGGAGAUCUGCUUUUUUUAGAAGUGCGUGAAGAUGGCCUUGUUCUCAGAUCAGUGAAUGGUAUAAUCGUUGAGCGUUGGUGGUAUGAGAGAUUGGUGAACAUGACUUACAGUCCCAAAAACAAAGUUCUCUGUUUAUGGCGCAAAAAUGGAGGACAAACUGAGCUCAACAAAUACUAUACCAGAAAGUGCAAGGAGCUGUACUACUGCAUCAAGGAGGCGAUGGAGCGAGCAGCGGCGCGGGGCCAGGGGGUGACGCAUGGCGUGGAGCUUGGGGGGGAGUUCCCCGUGCAGGACAUGGCCACCGGUGAGGGUGGAUUGCUGCAAGUUUGCAUGGAAGGCGUAGGACUUCUUUUUGCCUACAGCAAGGAUUUCGAGUGGUUUGUGAAGCUGGAUCACAUUAGGAAAUGUUUCACGCAGAAAGGUGUAAUCUUCGUUUUAGAAGAAUAUAAUCCAAAAACACGGCAAGUCAUCCAAAGGCAGUAUAAAUCUUCAAUGGGGCCUGAGCUGUGCUUACAGAUACAUAGGAUCAUUUCUGUUAAAUAUGAAAUGAAAAUGAUGUCGGCGUCACCCGAACAAGCAACUCAGACUGAAAAUGAAUCUUGAUGUCAUCUACAUCUGUUGCAUGCUUUCAACCAGGCUGACCAGAUCUGCUACGCAGUGUUGUGUGUGUUCUCUUACGUGGCAGCUGGCCAGGAGCAGAAACGCAUCUUGCAGAGUAGAACUCAGCAGGCUCACUGACGACCGUUCAUCAACUAUCUCAACUAAAUAAGUCACAUUUCACACUUACAUGGUGAAAAUAUUUUCUUAGCAUAGACGAAUAUUGCCUACUUGCCCUAACUAUUUAUUUAGGUAGCUUGUAAAAUAAUUGUUGUAACUCUACAACUUUGAAUUUGUAUAAAUUAGACUAUAUUAUAGUUAUUAAUAAGUAGAUCACUUUAUUUGAAAUUCAAUUUGAUUUUCCCAGGCCUUCUUUUUUACAACUAGAAAUGUAAUAGAAAUAUAUUUUACAUGUUCGAAUAAAGCAUAAAUUUGAGUCAGUUGAUCAAUUUGUUUGAAAAUUGAUUAUCGAGUGUUGUUGUAUUGAUCACUAAUUGAUUGAUUUUAACUGAAAUGCAGUUUGCAAUAGGUUUCUUCCAUUCAAUUAACAAUCUAGUUUUAUCUCACAUUAGUGUAGGCUUGCUUCACAAGUGUAAUAUUCUUGUGCAGCAUGUCUCCUGCUAUUCAAAUCUUACACUUGUUUUGUAGAUUUUACAAUUUUGAUCAGUUUACUCAAAACAAUUCUGUAAUUUAAAAUUUCAGAUUUCUCGUUUAGUUUUUUUUAUAAUUCGAAUACAGUGAGAAUCACUUUGUGACAAGCAAUUGAUACAUCAGGAUAGUGUUGAAGCUCUUUUUGAAUAAUAUAAGGUAUUCGAAAAUUCACUGUUUUGUUUGUAACGAAAACAUUAUAUUGCUUUAUGAAUGUGUUUUAUUCGAAAUACACGAGAAUUUCAAUGAAUUCUGGAUAGGAAUGAGCCCGUGUGACGAAGUAAUUCAGUGUGGAUUGUAAAUUCUUUGUAUGCAUAUUUGCUUUUUCAAGUUACCUUUUUCAUUGAUGCAGGAAUAAUUUUUAAACUACAAAACGUAUCAUAAAGUCAUUCUCACUGUAGGCCUACUCAUAACGACUGUAAUCCUAAUGCCUUUCCCUAAUAUGUAGGCUAAUGUGUCUCAUAAGAUUCAUAAUAAUUCAAAUGUAUUAUAAUGGUCUCUACAGAAUAAAUAUGUAGUGGAUUAUAAAAAGUGAUAGAGUACAAUUACUAGCUAUCUCUAAAUGUAAAAAUAAACGCCUUUUGUUAGAUGCAUACUGAAAAAGACCAUAUCUCAACCCUAAUAAAUGUUCGUGUUGUUGAUUAUCAUGUGAAUGACAAUAUAGCCUUCUCAUUGUUUAUAACUUGUAUAGAAUCAAACCCGUAAGGCUACAUCUAGCUAAACGUAAACAUUCAAAUGUAACUAGUAAUGAUCGUCAUUAGUGGAUAGAAUCUAGCUGUAAUAUAUUAUAAUGUACGCCACGACAGCGAAACUAAAUAACAUGUCAACAAAAACAAAUGUAUCAAAUACUGAUUUAGCAUAAACAAGGAAAUAAAAUACUCAUUAUUUAUCAAUGAAUAAUUGUCAACCAUAAGGAAUUUAUUUAUUGAAAAUACAUUCCAUGAAAUCAUUAAUGGAAACUUCAUGAAAAUAUUACAACUCAAAGAACUUUGUGAAUUUUGCAAGAUCUCUGUAUAAUCUGUUGAAAAAUAAAUAACAUAUUCAAUUAUUUAUAUUGUACCUAAAGUGCUAAUAAAAUUGCAGUAAAUGUCCAACGAAUAAGUAUGAUAUUAUCUUUAUCUUCAUGUAUCUUUCUAUUCGUAGUUGGUUAUUAGUACUUUAGGAAUAAAUCAAUGUGAUAUAUCAAGUGAAGAAUCAUUACACAGAAUAUCUUGAUACUAAUAUAGUUUAUGUUUCACACAAUUAAGUUAUACGUACAUCGUUCUUUCAGUUCAUGCUAAGAAUUAACAAUAGGUAUUUAAGAAGUGAGAAUUUAAAAAUAUAUAUAUAAUUUUCGCAAGUCAAGAUCAACUUGGAAAGUUUAUUGAAGUAACUCACACCAUCUUCCAAUUGUUAGCGAUUAAACUCUAUAGGGUGAGUUAAGAAAAAGGUCCCAUUGAUUUUAUUUAUGGUUUCAUUCCUUCAAAUUCGUUAUACUGAAUAAAUUCUUUAGGCUAACUACUUUUUUCAAGAUUUCAUAAACUCGUUUUACUUGAAAAUACCAGGAAUCUUAGUAUGAUGAAUAUAUUUAUUGUACAGUAAUUAGACCGAUUUCUCAAUAAAUUUUAAAUCUUAGGUUUGGCACAUCAAGAGCCGUUUUCUCUGUUGUUUAUUGUAAUUUUAAUGCAGUCUCAACUUUAAAAAAAAAUCAUUAUUAUAAUACUGUAAUUAUUAUAUAUUUUACUAUUCCUCAUGCUCAUUAAAUCAUAUCACACAGUAAGUUAUGACUGACUGAUUUGGCUUUAGUAGUACGGCAACUACUAAACAUUUUUUUACAUUGAACUCAAAUAAUUUCAUAUCACUUGAAUUCCAUGGUUGCAUUCCAUGAAAAUUUAGUGUGAAACCUUUCAUGUGACUGCCUAAUGCUAUAAAUUCCUUGAUGUUUUCACUGCAAUCUGAAGCAAUACAAUUACAGUAGGUAGGCUACUCAUGUAUAAUUUGUGUAGUAAAAUGUUUAAAACGUUGAUUAUGAAUCUCAAAUGUUGAUAAUAAUUUUCUCAUCUGUGUAUCAUAAUUUCAUGAAAAAUUGUCAAUGAAAAUAAUCGUGAAGAGUGUCAAUGGAAUCAUAGUUUAUUAAUAAUAAUAAUGUAAAUUUGUGGUCAUUUUGAUAUAUUAUGCGCGUUUGAUAUCAAAAAUGUAAUUGGAAGUUGCACUUUUCAAUUAGAUAUGUUAAAUAAUUUUAUGAACUUCAAUGUUUGAUGGGUAGUAGUAAUAAGAUAUGUGUUUUUCUUGGAGAGAAAAUAAUGUAAAUUACCAAAGUUGUUACCUUGUUGUUUUUUCAAAGUGAAUAUGUAUAAUAAAUUGAUAAAUAUAAAUUGAAAUGAGAAGAAAA